GAGGGAGAUCCAUCCACCAGAUGGUAAAAACCAGUGAAUCUGGUUCAGCUACCAGCUCUGGCUGACACAAACAAAGAUAAAUGAUGCAAUCUCUGAAAAGGCAACAGAAGGCGUCUGCAUGUGUGAUUGCUUUUUUAUGUUUUUUAGAAGGACUGCUUGUAGCUUUUAUCAUAUAUAUUUGUCUCAGUUGGAGGGAAACUGUUGGAGAGAGUUCUCAACAUCUGACCUCUGACCUCGACGACGACAAGUUUUCUGGCUGCAGCACCGAAGUCGUGCUUCUGAACGAUGAGGCCAUGGAACAAAAAUGGCACAGCUGCAGCGCAAAUUUCAGCAAAGCCUGGAACGAAGCAGAGCAAAACCUGAAAGAACCAGCAGAAAAGUACAUGGAGAAAAGCCAUUCUCUGGCUUUACACAUGUUCACUGAUGUGAUGCUGAAACAGGAGAACAAGAACUCUGGACCUGCAGAAAAUACCCCAAAACAAAGGGCCGCUUUCGAACCCAUCUCCCUUUAUUCCUCACUAAGUGAGGCGAUUCUAAUUUUAAAACAAAAUCAGGUGAUGUGUUUGAGUACAAACUACAGAACCAAAACUGUUUUGGAGCUCAACAUCUCCACCGGUCAGGUCCGAUUCAGUACCUUCAUUUUAGGCUCUGAUGAUUGGAAUUUUAAAGGAAAUGUUUCAUGUUUUGAGAUAUACUCUUGCUUUGGAGCAAACAUAACUAAAUACUCCAUCCUGAAAAGAAAUAACCAAGUGGUGAUUCCUCCCUAUGAAGUUUUUACAGUCACUGACGUUCAGAAACAAACUAGUUCAUGUAAAAUCACUUACAAACUCAGAAGUAAUUUGAAGUGUGUUUAUGACAAAGAGAGCAACCAGUUGUAUUCCUUAUCUGCAUUACCUGUGGAGGGAUUUUGGCUCAUUUUCACCUUCAUUUGUUUUGUCCUUCUGUCGCUUUUACUGCUCUGUGUUAUUGUGAAGCUUUACAAUAGAAUCUGCUCAGCUGGCAGAGUUUCAAAUUCACAUCUAUCCAGUCCAAUUAUAGCCUGUCAUUUAUAAAUGAAAAGAGAAAAUAUAAACAAUGUUUACCUCAUGUUAUUUCAUUUGAUGCAGCAUUUUCCUUAUCAUCAGCCCUAGCUCACAGUAUAACUGCAAUAUCAUUGAUUUUAUUAACCAAUCUAAAUGCAGUUCGAUCACUUUGGGAGUUAUUUCUGUUCCUACGUGGAAUGAGUCCGUUUUAAAAUUUCUGUUUGGGAAAUUAACACUAAAGCUGCUAAAAUAUGUCCACACUUCAACUUUCAUUAUAUAUGAAUAAAAGUUUUCACAUUAAUGAAUCAGGUUUCACA